AUGGGCUACGGCAGCUUGUUCUGCAAAAUUUGGCUCGUAUACCUAACAGCUACUCGGAGACGACGCCAUAAGGCUGCCGAGACAAGUGCUACAAUGGUGGGUCAUGUGAAUGCUACUUCUCGAUGCACCAGCAAGGUCCCCAGAAAAAUUGCCGAAGCUGUGUCAACCAAUACAGGCAAAAACUUUUCGACGUCAACCACUGGGUUCGUGGAAAAGGGUGGACAGCUAUUUACAAGGAAAAGAGGUGUUGAAGCAAGUCAGCUCGGCUUGCUAAAAUGGCGUGGGCCAAAGUCUUCCUCUUGUGAGGAAAGGUGCGACGCUAGGGUUGGUGGUGGUGGUGGUAGUAGUAUAAACGGCAAUGCCACUGCUAGUGGCACAGCUACUGUGGGUAUUGGUGAGAGUAAUGUCGUUGGUGAAAACGACGACAACGUUGCCUUCGACAAUUGUCUGAAAGGGCCUAAUUGUGUCUCAGUCCUAAUGAGCCUGACUUCGACCAGCUCGAGUCCCAUAAAGGUUAUACCCGGGCAAACGGAAACAGUCUCACUGCCGUCAUCUCCAUCAGCAAUACCGAAGCCAUCCGUCUGGGAAGCUUAUGUGCUCUUGGCUGUAUUACUUCUUGUUGAUUCAUUGAUGCUCAUACUGUGGCAGAUCACAUCUUCAUCGCCUAUUGUGUAA